CGUUUCCUACGCGACGCCUCGACCUCGAUUCCCCAUUCCUAACCCUUUCCUUUCCCCUCCCGGGCCGGCUCCCGCGCCUCUCGUCUUCCACGGCCUGCCCAGCCAGCAAUCAGUCCACGGAGCAUGGAGAUGGACCCGCCGCCGCCGCCGCCCCUGCACGCCGACAACCGCCGCCGCCGCCGCUGCCGCGAGUACCUGCUCGCGCUGGAGGAGGAGGAGCGCAAGAUCCGGGUGUUCCAGCGCGAGCUGCCGCUCUGCCUCGACCUCGUCACGCAGACUAUCGAGGAGAUGAGGAGCCACAUGGACAGCGUGGUGGUCGGCAGCGAGGAGGAGACGGUCAGCGACCACGGCGGCGGGCCCGUGCUCGAGGAGUUCAUGCCGCUCAAGCCCACCCUCUCGUCCUCCUCUUCCGAGGACGACGACGACGAUGAGCACGACAGCUCCCGCCACCACCAACACCGCGCUGCCGGCGUUGGUGAUGACGACAAGAAGAACGACGAGGCAUCGGGAGAUCCGGAGACGGCGGCAGCCUUAGCCAGCAGCAGGCGGCCGUUGUUGCCACAGCCGGAGACCAAGAAGGCGAUGCCGGACUGGCUACAGUCCGUGCAGCUCUGGAGUAACCAACAACAGCCGCCGCCGCAGCAGCAGCACCAGGACGAGCUGCUGCUGCCGUGCCGGCCGGUGGCGCUCAACGCCUACCGGAAGCCCGGGGGCGCGUUCCAGCCGUUCGAGAAGGACAAGGACAAGGAGAAGCAGCGCGGCGAACUGCCGCUGCCGGCCUCGUCGUCGGCCGCGGCGAGCUCGGCCGUGGUCGGUGACAGCUGCUGCGACAGGGCCGGCGGCGCCACCGACACCGACACGGCGGAGAAUACUAAUAAGUUGAGCAUCAAAGGCGGCAAGGACAAGGAGGCUCAGUCGUCGUCGCAGGCGCCCGGCCGGAAGCCGCGCCGGUGCUGGGCGCCGGAGCUCCACCGCCGGUUCCUGCAGGCGCUGCAGCAGCUCGGCGGGUCCCACGCGGCGACGCCGAAGCAGAUCCGGGAGCUCAUGAAGGUCGACGGUCUCACCAACGAUGAGGUCAAGAGCCAUUUGCAGAAGUAUCGCUUGCACACGAGGCGGCCGAACUCGACGACGGCGGUCGCGGUCCAGAGCGGGGGCACCAGCGUCGUCGCGCCGCCGACGGCGCCACAGUUCGUCGUGGUGGGAGGCAUCUGGGUGCCACCGCCGGAGUACGCUGCCGCGGCUGCGGCAGCUGCUGCUGCGGCGGCGGCGGCGGCGGCAUCGCAGCCGCAGCAGGCGCCGCACCUAGCCAGCACCGGCGACGCGUCAGGAACGCCGACGGCGACCGCCAACAAGGUGUACGCUCCGGUGGCGACGACGUUGACAACGCCCGGACUGCUGCAGCCGCGUCCGGAGAGGCAGUCCAGCAGCUGCUCCGGCGGGCGGCGCAGUGGGGACGCCUGCUCUGGGUCGCCGGCCGUGUCGUCGUCGUCGUCGCAGACCACCUCUGCGUAAUGAACGCCGUUGAUCGCCGACUUUGCUUCUAAUUUUAGCUUACAAUCCUCCUGAGGUACAGAGCUGAGACACGUAAACUUUUGAGAGCUCCUUCUUGGUGCUUGAAUCGAUAUAUCCAGCAUUUUGCCGUCUGUUUUUGUUUGUAGACCAAAAAAAGAAAAGUUAUUCGCACCAUGCAGACCACAACCACAUUGUAUGUUGUUGUAAUUAACUUCUUUUGAUGCGCUGCACGGUUGGGAAGGAUGAAAUCAUGCAUAUAUAUGUGAUGUAAAUAUUAACGGUUGUUGUUGUCCCUGA